UGUCGGUGAAUGUGACUCCUUCUCGAAAGCGACUGACUCGCCUAGAAAAUCCAUCAAUCGAUGGACCCCAGUCAGAGUGGGGUCCAGCUUUCCAAUUAUCUCUGUCUUCUUCUUUCACUCGCUCGUUCCUCCGUUUCAUUACUUUUUCGAAUAUUUUUGCUUAAUGUAAAUUUGAGAACAACGAAUAUUGGAAAGUCACCUGAACUCGAGAUGCUUUGUCUGAAAGCGGAAGUUCUGGAUGAACAAGACUGCGACCAACAUAAUCAUGCUUCUUCUCCUAGUACUAGCAGCAACAGUGGUUUCGUUCUCUCAAUCAACUUGGGAAGUUCCAUUCAUAGAUAUUUGUGGAAGAAGGGUUGGUCUUUUUCCGCUGGAGAUGGGCCCCUUUGUUCGUCCCAUUUUGAGGAGUGUAAGCUGCGGAAUGAAACAAGAGGAGGGGGAAGAUGUCUUUACAAAUACCAGCUUGAGCAAGAUAUUAAGAAAUUACGACAACAGUUACAAGAAGAGAUUGACUUGCGAUUAGCUCUAACAAGUGCUGUUGAACACUCGGAUCCAACCUUGUCAAAUUCCCCCAGCCAUCUUCCCAAUAAGGCCCAGGAUCUCUUGGACAGCAUAGCUGUGCUGGAAAUAACUGUAUCAAAACUUGAACAUGAAACAGUUUCCUUGCAAUACCAGCUUAGUCAGGAGAGGAAUGAGCGUCGUCUUGCUGAGUAUCAUUUGAAGCAUAUGUCCAGCACUGAACCCUCAAUUUUCGACUUUUCUCAAGCUCACUUUCCAGAAUUGAUUACAAGACCUUGUCAUGAGGAAAGUGUAGAGGGAGAAAUUAAUGAAACUCAAGCAUCACCAGAUUUUAUUGAAGAUCAAAAUAACAAUCACUCUGGGGAUAAUCUUUGGCAGCACCCUUGUUGCUUGUCUGAAGAAAUGGUUCAGUGUAUGAGGGAUAUAUUUCUGUUCUUAGCAGAUUCAUCCAAGCUUACUUCCUCGGAGUGUAUAGCUUCACCAUCUUCACCUCAGGGUCACCUUUCCUAUUCUUCUAUGGCAUCUUUCUCAGAAUCACCCAUUAUGAAUUCCGUUGUGAGGAGUCCCGCAGUUGAUAUGGAAAAUGCUUCUGAUAUCUUUGCAAGAGAAAGACCAUUUGAUCCUUAUGGGGUUUACACAAAGGAGGACUGGACGAGAAACAUUGGAAACUACAGUUUGGCAGUUGAAGUCUCUUGGUUAUCUGUUGGAAAGAAAGAACUUGAAUAUGCUGCUACAGCUCUCAAAAGAUUUAGAUUGUUCCUUGAGCAUUUAGCCAGAGUAGAUCUAUCUUGCAUGAGUUCCAAUGAGAAGCUUGCAUUUUGGAUCAACUUAUAUAAUGCUUUGAUUAUGCAUGCAUACUUAGCAUAUGGAGUUCCAACAAGUGAAAUGAAAUUGUUUUCAUUGAUUCAGAAGGCUGCUUACACUGUUGGAGGGCACUCGUUCACUGCAGCUGACAUUGAAUUCAUCAUUCUGAAGAUGAAACCUCCGGCUCAUCGCCCACAAAUAGCCCUAGUUCUUGCUCUUCAGAAAUUCAAGGCAUCUGAGGAGUUGAAAAAAUAUUCAAUAGAUCAUCAUGAGCCUCUCCUGUCUUUUGCUCUGAGCUCUGGGAUGCAUUCUUCACCUGCUGUGAGAAUUUAUCGGCCGGACAAUGUUACCAAGUUGUUAAAAGAGUCUUUGAGAGAUUAUGUCCAAGCAUCUGUUGGUAUUAGCAAUAAAGGGAAACUGUUGGUGCCAAAAUUGUUGCAUUGUUUUGCCAAAGGCACGGUGGAUGAUUCAUCGCUACCAGAUUGGAUCUGUCAAUUCCUCUCCCAAGAGCAUGCUGCCAUGGUUAGAAAUUGUUCCUCUAAUCAGAAGUGGAGGCUUCCUGGUGCUCGAAGCUUCUCCAUUGUACCAUUUGAUUCAAGAUUUCGCUAUCUUUUCCUAAUGGAGGAUCGAGACUGCAACAGCUGAGAAAUGUAAAAUUGCUCUAAUAGAGGGUUCAAUUUUCCACCCUGGAGAUUCAACUGUUCUUAAAAAUUCUGUAUUCGACUGCAGAUUAAGGGCAUUCUAACAUCUCCGCCAUGAAGACCAAUGCCAUGGCAGGUUCUCGUGCCUGUAUAAUAUUGUUUAUUAUUGAAGAUAUCUGUUGUCAUGUUUGCUUGUGUAUUGAUUCUCAAAAGAGAAAUUUCUUAAGGGCAUUUUACAGCAGUGAUUUGUAUUAAUAAACUUUCUGAUUUGCGGAAUUGAUUGCAUUGUUGAAUAGAACAAGGAUAAUUUAAAGAAA